ACAUCACUGAUUCGUCAUAGUCAUUUGUGCUUGAAAACUAAUAAAAAAAAAAGUCAAAAAGCCUUAUUGAAAUAUGCAGGAACACAGUCCCGAACUUUACGAGGAGGUAAAACUGUUUCGCAAUGCCAGGGAACGCGAAAAGUACGACAACAUGGCCGAUUUGUAUGCCAUCAUCAACACCAUACAGCAGCUGGAGAAGGCCUACAUUAGGGACUGCAUCACACCACAGGAGUACACGGCUGCUUGCUCCAAGCACUUGGUACAAUACAAAAUAGCAUUUAAGCAAGUGCAGUGCGACGAGUUUCCCACUGUAGACACAUUCGUCAAAAAAUUCCGCCUAGACUGCCCCGCCGCUUUGGAACGCAUAAAGGAGGAUCGCCCAAUCACCAUACGUGACGACAAAGGCAAUACCUCGAAGUGCAUUGCCGAAAUCGUAUCGCUAUUCAUAACUAUUAUGGACAAGUUGCGCCUUCAAAUCAAUACCAUGGACGCCUUGCAACCGGAUGUUAAGGAUUUGGCAGACAAUAUGAACCGCUUGUCGUUAAUACCCGAGGGCUUCGACGCAAAACAGAAGGUGGAUAAAUGGUUGGGCACAUUAAACGAAAUGCAAGCAUCCGAUGAACUUACUGAGGCUCAGGUGCGACAGUUUCUCUUCGAUCUUGAGUCGGCCUAUGCAGAUUUCAAUAAACUCUUACACAGUCAGUAGCGAUUAUAUUUGUGCAUACGCAUACACAUGUAUAAAUUAAAUAAAUUUUUAUGUAAUUAUUCCAUAAUAAAACGCCCUUUAGUAUAGUAUCUA